GUGCUGGGCGCGCGCCUAUAAAAGCCGCGCGUCAGCGCGCGCAGCGGCGCUUUGGAGAGGACUGACCGCUUCAGCCGGAGCGCAGCGCAGACAGCCGGGAUCCGCACGCAGACGCACGCAGCCAUGAGCGAGAGACAAGCAUCAGGAGCAAUGAGUGGAAACAGCAAACCAUCUGCUGGCCAAGGGCUUCAAGGUCAACAGAAGCUUCCAUCCAAACAUGAAAAGAAGAGCAACCUCCCCCAGGACUUCGACAUCGACAUGGACGACCCCGAGACGGAGAAGGCCGCCGUGGCCAUCCAGUCGCAGUUCAGGAAAUUCCAGAAAAAGAAGCAGGACGUGAAGUCGUAGAGCGGCGUCCCUCGGGCGGAGGUGGG